GUUAGCUCUCUUUCAAGUUUGUGUUGUUCAUUGGACGGUUAAAAAAGUUUGUAUUUCGAAGGAUCUAAACACUACCCGUAGCAUCACUCUGCACUUGUUUGAUGCAGGGAAGAAACACAAGUCAACAGAAUGGAAGAUUUUAAUCAACUGCCCAGAGCUUCUGAUCAAUCCUAUGAAGCCGAAAACGAUCUUGAUAGCAGAAGAUGUUACAGCUGUGAUAUCUGCGGCAGAAGCUUCAAACGGAAUACAUACCUCACGGCACACGUUCGUAUUCAUACAGGAGAAAAACCUUUCAGAUGCGAUGUGUGUGGAAAAGCAUACACAGCCAAAUCCUCAGUUGCACAGCACAAACUAAGUCACACAAAACAACACGAUUACGGAUGUGACGUCUGUGGUAAUGUGUUUUUUGCUAAGCGCUAUCUUAUUCUGCACAAACGACUUCACACCGGUGAAAGACCAUUCAAAUGCGAUUUAUGCGAUAAAUCGUUUGUCACAAGCAGCAAGGCUGGACAGCAUCGACGUAUCCAUACCGGAGAGAAAUCACACAAAUGCGAUGAAUGCGACAAACAAUUCAGUACUAGCAGUCAUUUAACAAAACAUAGACGUUCUCACACUGGAGAGCGACCGUUCGAGUGCCUGUUAUGCGAUAGGAAGUUUUCCGAAAGUGGCGGCCUGAAGAGUCACAUGCGCAUCCACACAGGAGAUAAACCAUAUAAGUGUGACAUCUGUGGCAAGGAAUUUUCUCUCAGCAAUUCAAUGAAAAUGCAUCGGCGCCUUCAUACCGGCGAGAAGCCAUAUCCGUGUAAGGUGUGUGAGAAAGAAUUCCACACAAGUAGCAGUCUCGCUAGACAUAGCAGGUCACUUUGUGGUGCAAAGGGCACGCUGCUAGAGUUAAAAAAAGAGCAAGUUGUGCGAAUCCAGCCCAGCCGUAGUUUGCAAUGUGCCUUUGUGAAGGUCAGUGAACUGUCGUUGGCCCAAAGGAUAGUAGAAAAGCAUGACAACCAACAUGAGACGGAGAUUGAUGGCAAAAUGUACAAGAUACGCAUCAGGAUGGAGGACGGAGCAGUAGACGUGAAACUGUUCGACCUAUCUAAAGAUGUAUACGACGAAACAUUUAGUGACUUUCUCCGCGCUUACGGAGAGGUACUCGCAAUACGGGAAUUGAUGUGGGAUGAGAGAUUUACGUUUGGUGGAAUUCCAAGCGGGACACGAGAAAACAAAAAACUUCUGGUGCAGAAACUAGACUCUGAUCAGUCAUACGCUAAUAUCGUAAAACAAACCAAACCGAAACAGCUUCGUACGCUGACGACCAAACCAAAACUUACCAGACCGAUGGCUAAUAUAAGCCAGUCGGGCCCGACGGAUACAGCCAUGCCCCAACGGCAAACAGUAACGACUGCCUCGACUAAUGUGAGCAGACCAGCAGCCCAGCCACAGCAAGAGUCUCUACCCGCUCUGCAAGAACUAAAGGAGAAAUUUAAGCUACCAGCGGGGCCACCCCGAACCGACGAGCUAAACCGAAAAGUCACAACCAGCGAGCGAGACAGAGAAGGAGAGGAAACGGAUCGCUCUACAACCUCGUCAAGCAGCAGAACAUCUCGCAGACGGCCACCGGGUAAGAAACAACGACACGACGGAGCAAAUGAUUCGCCGUCGCUAACUUUGUUGCAAAAGGUGGUAUUUCUGAACACCUUCGCAACGACCAAGAUCUGGUAUAUAGCAUCGAUUUUACCACCGACGAAUAUGCAUACGGCAAAAAUAACCUCGACGAUGGAAAUUUUCCUCUGGCGAGGUAUUCCCGCGCGGGUUCCAAUGACACAACCAGCACACGACCGCAAUGAAGGAGGGCUCAAACUACAUCUGCUAGCUUGGAAAUGCAAAGCGUUGCUGGUUAACCGACACAUCCGCGACAUUGACAACAUGCCGUUUUAUCAAUCUUUUCUCGAAGGCGUUCCGCCUCCACGGUUGCCAGCGAACUGCCCGUGCCUUAAGCAAAUACGGCAGCAUGUCACUCAAUUACCCUCGCAAAUUCUACAAAACAUGUCCGCUGACAACAUAUACCGUCACUUUAUAAGCAGUAUCGAGAAACCGAAUGUGGAACGCGAGAACCCAGCAACUGAUUGGCGCCGAUUUCCCUUCGACGAUCGAGAAAAUAAUAUUUUCAUGAAUGCCACCCACACAACGACAAUGGAAGAUUCAAACCAACUACCCGGAACUUCCGAUCGACCAAAUGAAGCCAUUCAGAACGAUCCGGCUAGCAAAAUAUCUCACGAUUGCUCUAUCUGUGGUAAAAGUUUCAGAUUUAAAAGUCACCUAACAGAGCACUUUCGCGUUCAUACCGGAGAAAAACCCUUCAAAUGUGACUACUGUGGAUUGUCCUGCAGGAAUAAAGGCACUCUUAAAGUACAUGUACGAAAGCAUACCGGUGAGCGGCCACAUGUUUGCGGAGAGUGCGGUAAAGUUUUCAUUCGCAAAAACCAAUUAACGUACCAUAAAAAAUGGCACGAUGAAACCAUUCAGGCCACCGAAAAUGAUCUGUCUAGCAUGAAACUUCACGGUUGCGCUAUCUGCGGCAAAAGUUUCAGAUAUGAAAGUUACCUCACGGCGCACGUCCGCACUCAUACGGGAGAAAAACCGUUCGAAUGUGACCACUGUGGAAUGAAAUUCAUAGAUAACAGCAGACUCAAAGUACAUGUGCGACAGCACACCGGCGAGCGGCCAUAUAUUUGUGAGGAGUGCGGUAAAGGGUUCAGCUUCAGGAGCCGAUUAAUGGCCCACAAGAAAUGGCACAUCGACAAAAAACCUUUCAAGUGCGAUGUGUGUGGCCAAGGGUUAUCACAUCAAUCUGCACUCGCAAACCACAAACGUAUUCACACAAAUCGAAAAGAGUACGAAUGUGACCUCUGUGGUAAACGAUUCAAUAUCAAGAGUGGUUUAAUCAAGCACAGUCUUAUACACGCCGGAAAAAGAUCGGAGUUCACAUGUGAUUUGUGUGAGAAAUCGUUUACAACACGGUACGCGGCAAAACAGCAUCGACAGAUCCAUACCGGUAAGAAAUCACACAAAUGCGAUGAAUGCGACAAACAAUUCAUUACUAGCAGCAGUUUGACCCAACAUAAACGAACUCACACCAGAGAACGGCCGUACGGGUGUCAAUUCUGCGGUAAGAUGUUUACCAAAAGUUCCAAUUUGACGCGUCACAUACGCAUUCACGCAGGAGAAAGACCGGACAAAUGUGACAUCUGUGGAGAGGAAUUUAUUGACACCUGUGCAAGAAAAAUGCAUCGACUCAUUCAUACGGGAGAGGAACCAUAUCAGUGCAAUGUAUGAGGGAAACGAUUUCACGCAUGUAGCAGUUUCGUUAGGCAUAAUUCGGUUCAUGAAAAAAAUAACAGGAGAGUUGUGUGCAAAGCCACGACCGCAAGAAUAAAGUAGAAUACUUUUACAAGAAAGAUAACCCGGCUGCUUGCGAAUCAGUCAUUUUUUCAUUUGUUGUUCAAUAUCGAAUAAGAUACCGAUCACAUCUUGGCGUUAUCACUGACAGUGUGAAUGAAGUAUUCCUUGUGAUAAAAUAAACAGUGAAAAACUGAUUUAACACUCAAAACUAGACGGCUCAUGUGUUGUCGAAAUGAGUCAACUUUUCAUUGAAUGCAUUUACGCCCGCUAUCGCGCAGAUACUGCAUUUCACUAAAGUGCCUCACUGAAUCAGCUGCUAUCGAUGCUGAUACCCGCUGCAACUGCUACGCUAUCCGCAGCCAUGCCAAUGUUUUGGCCGCUAAACGCUGCUAUUGGUAUCCGCUGUCCCUGCAACAGCUGGCCCAGCUGCUAGCGAUGUUAAGAUUCGCUGCAACUAGUGCGCUAUCCAUUGCUAUGCCACAGCUGUGGCCGCUAUCCGCCUGGUAUCCACUACACUGCUACUGCUGUUGCUAAGGGAGGACUGCUGUUGUCGCUGUCUAGAACUGUUAUGAGCGGCUUCGACUGAAACAGGCUCUUAUAUAGGGAUAAAAAGCUAUUGAUAGUUAUCGAUAGUGGUAGGAAAUCAUUGAUAACUAUCGAUAGCCAUUUCAGUCGAUAUUUCCCAUCCCUACUCUUAUACAGACAAACAGCACAUUCAAAUUGCAAGGUCUGUGUUUCUGUCGACUGUGCUUGGGAAGCAAUCAUACUAACGACCAAUCAGAUCAAUCGAAUUUUGCACUUCAAUAAGGAUUGACCAUUUUCAAUAACAUAGUAAGUUGCUUGUUAUUAUUUGGACUUGACAAUUUUUGAAUUUUGAUUAUGCGAAAAAUUAAUUUUUAUGCUGAUAAUGAUAAUGCAAAGUUCGUAAUAAAUUACCCACCCUUUUGACAACUCUGCUUACGUCAGUUUGAAGUCUUCAUACAAUUUAUCCAAAGAAAAAUAUAUCUGGCAACAUUUGUGUUGCCAAUUUUUCAUAAAUCGCAAAUCUGACGUAAGCUGGAUAUCUGCUCCAAAUUCCGCCAGCUAUCCAGAACGUUCUGCUCCAAAUUUCGCUAGGUUUCCAGAGCGUUCUUUUCAUUGGAUGCAUUUACUAGU